AUGCGUUUGGGUUCAUUACGACCAAAGUUACCUGUGAGAUCAGGAUUUUCCAUACCAAACACCAAAAAAAUUCCGCAAUUUCCUUUUUUGACAGGUGACUCGGGCCAAAUGAAUCUUCUCUCCUGUUUUCCCUCAAAACCAAACUCUGAGAACUGUUUAACCACAACACAGUAUUUAGAGGACCAACACAACUCCCAUCAUCACAAGGAUUCAAUUUUAACUCCCGAUAUCAUCAUUCAUCAUAUCAUUCCACAUUUAAACCGAAAUGAUAUCAUUAAAUUGGCGGGUGUUUGUUUUGCAUGGAGAAACAUCAUCAAAUCAUCACAAAUUGGUUUUGAAUUCACUGCAACAGGUAACAAAAUAUCCAAUGCAGGAUGGUCUUUUUUUCUCUCAAAGCUCUCCAAUAUGGGAGAUGUAUUAUCAUUAUUUACAAAGGCUUCUUUUAGUUAUCUCAAAAUUCAAAAGUCUCAAUUUAAAUCAAUAUUCGAAUCACCACAAAUAACUUCUUUGAAAUUUCAUCACACCAAUUUCAAUUCGACAACUCUUUCAUCUAUUCUGAGAUCAUCCAUAACAGAAUUAACUUUAGAUUCUUUUAAUCUUUCACGUAAAGAUUUGAAAAUAAUUUCUAAUAUUGGUAUUGAUGACAAUAGCAUGAAAAUGUUUUCUAAUAUUCAUAUUCCUCAUAGUUUGGAAUUAUGGCUGACUGGUUUAACUGAUCAAGGUAUAAAAAUUCAUUCGAAAGGUAAAUUAAGGAUCCACAAGCUUAUUCUGCGGAAAUGUGAGCUUACUCGAGACGGUGUUGAGUCUUUAUUUCAAAUUAAAACAUUGGAAGAAUUGAAUGUUUCUGAAGUUCAGCCAAGGAGUGAAGAGAAAUGGAUUACAGAAUACGCACAAACAUUACAGAUCAAAAUUACAUUCUAUCCUUAUUCAUUUAGGUCAUACCAACCCUUCUUUUAA